CCCAUUUUUGUAAUAAUGCGAGGUCAUUUGAAUUUUUGAUGCGUGUUGUUUCCGGAGGGGGUGAAAAGGCCCGGGCUUGAUUUUCAAGCACAUGUGUAACUUCGAGGUAAACAAAGUCUCACGCCUUGCUGGAUGCACGUGUGUAUUUUGCUAGAAAAUUGUAAAUGAAGCGUUGUUCAAAAAGAUGUCAAGAGGAUUUUUUCCAGAAGUUCGUUUUGAAUUUUUAAUCUGUAUGUAAAGUUGUGCAAUUUUGGUAAGAAUAUAUAGUAAAAUUUAUUACUGUAGUGACACCUACGACCUGGAAACUUUUCUACUUUCACUUUCUAAAAACGACGAGGAGUUCCGGUGUUUCUUGCAGCGACUGCAUGGGACGAUGGAUUGAAGAAAGUUGAACAAUGCAUCAAUUAUUAGACCUGUACACUGACUUUUAUGUAUAAUGAUAAAACUAAAUAAUUAAGUCCAAUAUUAAUACAGUGUACAUAAAUGAUGACAGCACGAACUUCCGAACAGAGUCCACCAUGAGGAAAUUGCUGAAAAUAAUCAUUAUGCACGACUGUUCAUCAUGAACUUCACUAAAAUGUCAACUUGUCACUCGCUGAGUUUUCUGUAGGAUUGACACUUGUGCUAUAGCUGUGUAGACAAUAUGGCGGGCGUGUUGGCAGGGUGCCAGAUCGUCCUGGACCUCAGCACCAGUGUUGGCUUCAAGAAGAAACGGGAAGUCAGGAGUACCAUCACACAAAAUGGAGGAGUCAUCUCCUACAUAGUUACCAAGAAGAGUACCCAUGUUGUGCUGAAUGAUGCAGAGAAAGCAGAUGUCAGCUAUAAAUGUAAAAUGGCAGCAAAGUUCUGCAUCCCUGUGCUUUCACUGGAUUUUAUUUUUGACUGUAUCAGUCAAGGGAAGCUACUGGACACAGACAAUUACCUUCUGGUCGGGAAAACAAAAGCACAGGAAUUCAGCUCAGGCAAAAUUUCAGCUGAAAAAUCUGAGUUGAAGCCAAAAGUAAAGAAUAGGAAAACUGUUUUUACUUUUAACCCAAAGUCUGUGAAAGCAUGGAAGGAGAAAGACAAAAAUAUGCCACCAUUUGACGAUGAAAGCGAGGUUGCAAAGUUUGCCAUGUUUCAGAAAUAUGACAAGAAAACCCACACCACACAGUUUGGAGUUCUGGAAAUUUGUACUUUUAGAGGAGUUACUGCCCUUGAAAACAAGGACGCCCCACCGAGAUUCUGUGUUUGUUCUCACAGAGGCAGUGUAGAGGAUUUACAGAAUAAAGCAGACAGUGGAAGCAAGGAGUUCCGCUUCGUGCAGACUUCAGAGGAGGCCCUGAGUGUGUACAGUGCCCUCUAUAAACAGAUGAAGGACCCCCCGAGUGGCAUGAAUGUCUGUCACAAACCUUCCUGUCAGAAUAUCGGAACCAAACAGCUCCAGAAGCUGAUACUGGAGUAUGGAAUGGAAGAGACAGAGUUGUCUGCCCCUGUGGCAGAGUUGACGCAGCACAUUUGGCGGGAGGCAGGGGGAGAGAUAGAGGAAGUCUUGAGUAGUCCACUACAGUCCAUCAAACUUGACCAGGUUGAGAAAGCUACAGCCAUUUUGACCCAGAUGAAGGAGAGCCAAUUAGACAACAGCAAACUCCAGGCUCUGUUUGAUGAGUUCUACACGGCCCUCCCUCACCGACCUCAAUACAGGACAACCAGCUUCUCCAUGUCAUGGCUGGCCAGGAAACUCGACCUAUGUCAGCUAAUUAAGGACGUAGUGUCAGUAAGUGAGGCCACGAAUUGGUCGACGCGAGGCAAUGCGGAGGCUCAGUACAAGGCCCUCAGAUGUCAGAUAUCCCAUGUAUCAGGAGGCCUACCCAGACAGAUCCUAGAUAUCCUCAACCUGAAACAAGGGGAAGAAAUGAGAAUUCAGAAUGUAUAUGCCAUACAUCGGCCCUCAGAGAGUGAGAAAUUCCGCUCAGACCUGAGUUCCAUGCCUCUGUUUCAUGCCUCCAGUGCAGAAAACUUUGUUGGAAUUCUCUCCAGAGGUCUCCUAAUGCCAAAGGUUGUCGUCGAUGACUACGGAGGAAAGAGAACUGAUCCAGGAAUGCUGGGACAUGGGAUCUAUUUUGCAAGCUCCGCAAGUACAAGCAUAAAAUACUCCAAACCAAGCAAAACCAGAAACACGCGGAUGAUGCUUGUCAGCCAGGUGGCGCUAGGAACCACGCUGGACGUGUACAAACAUCAGUGGGACCUCACAGCACCACCCAGUGGCUACCACAGCGUCCAUGGGGUGGCUGCCACAGAGGGGGUGGAGUCUGACUUUCAGGACGAUGAGUUUGUUGUGUACAGCACAGACCAACAAAUGUUGAGUUAUCUCGUUGAGUUCACCAUUGGCAACGAGAUUCCUGUCGAGAUUUCUGUUGAAAAAGAGGCUUUGGAAAGGGAGGAAACUCCAGAAGAGACCAUUAUAGACAUCAGCGAUGUACAUGAUGUCACAAACCCAUUGACAAAGGUCAAGGCUGGCUUGGUUUCUAAUGACAACACCCCUGUUACUCUACUUGAAGCCCAUAUCCGAGCUAAACUGAUUGACUUGGCAGGGGAGGUGGUGGUGUUACAAGAGUACCACAACAAUAGUGACCAGGCCCUGGAGGCUAAGUACGUCUUCCCGCUGGAUGAAAUGGCGGCGGUGUGUGGCUUUGAGGCGUUCAUCAAUGGGAAACACAUCGUUGGGGAGGUGAAGGAGAAAGAGACGGCCCACCGGGAAUACAAGCGGGCCGUCCAGGAGGGGCAUGGGGCGUACCUCAUGGACCAGGACGAAGAAACACCGGAGGUGUUCACGGUCAGCGUGGGGAACCUCCCCACGGGGGCUGUGGUGGUCAUCAAGAUCACCUAUGUCACAGAGCUACAGGUGGACGGUGAUCUCAUCAACUUCCGUCUCCCAGGCAGCGUGGCACCAUGGAAACAAAAAUUUGUUGACGCACCAGAAUUCAAAGACAAGAGCUGGGACACAGUACAGGUGGGAAACACCUGCUGUAGUGUACAGGUGUAUGUAGACAUGCCCUUUGACAUCCGGAGUCUGGAGUGUCCCACGCAUAAAGUACUCUCCAAGAGGACAGCCACAAAGGCCGUGGUGCAGAUGAAAGACAAUCAGAUGUUGGAGGAUGGAUUCCAGCUUCUGAUCGGUCUAGCAGAAAUCCAUGUUCCGCGGAUGUGGGUCGAGUCCGAUGAAGGAGGGUCACAGGCAUGCAUGUUGACCUUUUACCCGGAGUUUGAGGCUGAUGAGGAGUCAGAGGUUGAGGUCAUCCUGAUGAUUGACAGCUCCAACUCAAUGAAGGACUCCUCCCACCGUGAUGCCAAAAAGGCUGCUCUCCUUGUGUUACAUCUCAUGGAUCCAACAUGGAGGUUCAAUGUGGUCUCAUUCGGGACAGCAUUCAGAGAACUUUUCCCAUCGAGUCUACCAGCCAAUAAAUUCAAUGUACAGACAGCAAGGCAGCAUAUUCAGAAAUUACAAGCAAACCAGGGUAAUACUGAACUCUGCAGGCCUUUACACUCUUACUACCUCCUUAAAUCAGAGAGUUCCACCAGGAACAUCUUCCUUUUCUCUGAUGGCUAUAUCAACAAUGAUGAGGAUACUCUGGUCAAAAUAUCCCAGAACUCUCAACACACAAGGGUCUUCACUAUGGGAAUCAGCUCUGUAGCAAAUCGUCAUCUCCUGAAAGCAAUAGCCAGAGUUGGAGCAGGCUCUUUUGAAUUCUAUGAUUCCAAGUUCAAAUCCAAGUGGGAAGAUAAGGUCAGAUCCCAGUUACAGAAAGCGGCCCAGCCAGUGCUGACCUCGGUGUCCGUUGACUGGCGCCAUGACGACCAGCACCCUGCACCAAUACAAGCUCCACAGCAAAUCACCGCUCUGUUCAGCGGCUCACGCCAAGUGGUCUACGGAUUCGUGGACAACUGCUACAUGGCUACCCUAAAAGCAAAGAUUGGUGUUCAAGAGAUAUCUACUAUUGUCUCGACCUCUGACCUCAGUGUUACAAAGGGCAAGAUGCUGCACAGAUUAACUGCCAAGGGAGUGAUCCGAGAUUGGGAGGACGGAGUUCUCUCCCCUGAUAGGACCGGCCAUGAGGUUAAGAAAAUGAACCUGAAACAAUACGUCAUUGAGCUGAGCAAGAGGUACUCCAUUGUGACCUCACUGACCAGCUUUGUAGCCAUUGAAAAACGAGAAAAGGAUGAGGUUGUCUCGGACUCUGCCCCAGUUAUAAAGGACUUACUGACCAAGGAGGAUGUAGAUGUGCUGACUUACCUAUCUUGGGACAAUGAGGAUGAGGCAGUCCCAGAUUCUUCUCCAGCGAUGGGGGAUGUCGACAUGCUGUAUAAUAAUUUUUAUGCAUCAUCGGAUAAUGAGGAAUUGGAAGAGCUGAAAUCAACAAACAGUGAAGAGAAGUUCUUGAGAGAGGAAAGGGGGACAUCAUCAAGUGAAGAAGAAGAAGAAGAAGAGGAGGAGGAGAUUUUAGAAGAAAAUGGGAAAAAGGGAAAGUCAAGGAAAUUUCUUUCAAGAAUGCGAUCAUGCAGAAUACCAGUGCAGGCUACAGUCCCAAUGGCCAUGAUGGCAUCAGAAGUUUCCUUUCAAGCUUCACCAGAUAAGAUAACUGCUGAUUUUAAUGUGUAUGAGGAUUUAGAUAAGCAAGAUGUGAUGCAUGAAGAACAAGACCCCUCUGCUCAGGCCAAGUAUAGGAUCAAGAUGGGGGGACUUGGCUACAAGGGGGACAUAGUGAGCAGGGGACUGAAGGACACCUGUGUUGAGAGUGAGGUUACAGGUUCCAAACCAAGAGUUGAGAAAGUUAUAGAUGAAUCUACAGGUAGCCCCACAUUUUAUGGGUCUGCUAAAGGUUUCAAAGAAUCAACUUUAAAAAUAAUGAGAAAAAGGGGGUUUUUUUGCAGGAGGUCGACAGGUGUAAUAUCUGUAAAUAUAGAUCAAACAUGUUCACUACCUCCUACACUAGAUCCUAAACCACUUCCUACACUAGAUCCUACACCAACUCCUACACUAGAUUCUAUGCCACAGCCUCCUGUAUUAGCUCCUAAACCUAUACCACCAGCACUCGAAGUGGAGCCUAAUUUUUACAAUUCACUAUCAAAUCGAUCCCAAACAGUUUUAAGUAAACAGGCACGUAUACCAGCUUUACCAAGCAUGGAAGCUUCUAGGUCUUCUGAUGAACUGCAGCCCCGGUUAAAAUCUACACAGCCUGUUUCGUGGAGAUCAUGUCCAUUACCCCUUCACAGGCCCUCAAAGAAGAGAGUACUUUCUCCACCUUCAGAUCCCUUUGUGUCAAUUUAUGAUGAAUCUGAACCACUGUUGGGAGAGGAGAAUGAUAUGAAUGUUGAUAUCACGUUACAAGGGAAGUUGCUGCCUUCAGAAGAAGGUGAAAAAUCAACAAGAGGACCGGUGGUACAGGAAGGAGAUAUAGGAACAGAUUCAGAUUUGCCUCCACCACCACCACCACCACCACCACGACCAGAUAUUGAUUAUAUGGGUGCACUUGCCAAAAAACUAGCCAUGAGAAAACGGGGCACAUCUGUGAUACAGGAAGGAGAUUUAGGAGCAGAUUCAGAUUCAGAUUUGCCCCCACCACCACCACCACUACCACGUGCACCACAUAUUUCACCACCACAUACACCACCACCACAACAGCAACAACUAGUACCGACCCCACAACAACAAGGGCCACCAACACAACAACAAGGGCCACCACAACAACAAGCACCACCAAGUUCUACAUGUUCAGUGGCCCCUACACCUACCCAUAAUGCCCAAUCAUCAAGUCCACAGAGAGAGAAAAUACCAGGGAAUUCUAUUUCUAAUAAAGAAAUACAUGACAUAUUUGUUUCAUGGGGAAUUUUAUCAGCAAAUCGUAGAAUAAAAAGUCAAUCAGCUACUCCAGUUCAUCGUAGAACUCCAUCAUCAGGAAGAGUGAACAGUCCAUUUAUUCCCAAGUUCAGUGUGGGUUAUAGGACUGGAAAGCUUGAACCUUCAAACACAGUGUUUCAGAGAAUAAGUGAUGAAAAAGUUUUGUCUACUGAUGAGACAGAUGGAUUAACCCUUUGUUUGAUUGAUACAACACCUUUGGCUCUUGGCGUCGAAGAUGUGGCUGGCAAUUUUAUUGUCAUUAUUCCACAAAAUACCAGUAUACCCUGUAGGAAAAACCAGGCUUUCACAUGUACUGAUGCUGAUCAGACUAUGGCUGAUAUCCAUGUAUAUGAGGGCUGUUAUAAAGAGGCCAAAAAGAACAACUUCCUGGGACAUCUUCAGAUUGAGAACCUUGGAGCCUCUUCUCCUGGAAGGUCCUGGGUCACCGUUACCAUGGAAGUCGAUGAAAACAAUGUACUCAUAGUGGCAGUCAAAGACAAUCAAUCAGGAACAGAACUCAUAUCAGUUACUAUUGAUAAAGAAAAGAGGAAUUUGAGCAGGGAACAAGUAGAAAAUAUGGCUGAAAGUGCAGAUACAGAGGAUUACAAGUCUCUAAUUAUGACUUCAGGGAUGAGAUCCAAACUACCUUCCUUACCUAGUGGACUGACAGAAAAAACACUGGAUGACAUCAACAGCUAUGGUAUAGGGACGUCAGUCAGUAACAUCAGGAAGAGGUCCCCCAACCUCAGCCUCUCCUCUCUUAGAUCCAUGUUCAGUAUCCAACAGAACUGUUUAUGGAAGCUUGAUGAGAGUUUAGACGAGAUGUUUGGAAUUGACAGCAAAAAAUGCAAGGACAUCCUUCAGAAAGCUGGCCUAUCUUCACUAGGUAAACAAGUAACAUCAGAGGUGUUUGACAUCCUCUCCUCUGCUAUAGCCCUGCUCCUCAUAUACAAAACAAUUGUCCCAGAGUUAUUCCCUCUUAAUUUUUCUAACCCAAACACCAUGGAAACAGCUUACACAAUGGUGAAAGAGAGGUUAGAGGGAAUGAGCAGUGAGAAUGCAUCACUGGUGUAAUCACUGAGGAGUUCUGUAGCGGUAUACAUGGCCAAGAGGCAGAAGUACAACUGGGUCUGCAGCAUGCUGGAAUUAGGUCACUCUUGGGAGGUAGUGGCCAGUAAGAUGCUUGGGUAUACAUCCUCAUAAAGAAACAGGGGGCCUUUAUGUUGGCUAGGGUUACACAUCCUCUCUAAGAGAUUAAAGAUAUGAUGUUAUCAGUCAGUUCAUAAGUACAACAAGAUUAUGAGAUGGAUUAUUUUCAUCUCUGUGUUAAAGUUUCUAGUAUACAAUGUGUUGUAAUAUUGAACAAUGCAAUUAUGUGCAUAUGUCAUUCAUUUCUUGGCAUAAUAUUAUUUGUGGAUUUACAAAAUCUUCAUUGUCGGACUUAAUUGCAAUGAGUGCAAUAAUUAUUGAAUUUAAAUUUCUUUGUUAUAUUGUUAAUACUUGUAUUCAAACAGCUAAAAUAUUCUAAUUUUUGUAUAAUAUCAUAUAAUUGUUUUUUACAGAUGAUAUAUUGGUGAUAAAAAUAUGUGCUUUAUUUCAAUAAAACAAAUUGAUGGAUAUUUAUAACUAGAUGACUGUACUUGGAUAAGAGCACCUUUUCCAUAAAACAGGUAUUUGUCGUGUGUCUUGAUUAGUUUUUGUAUGGAAAACUACAUAUAUGUAGUUUUGACAAAGUUUUGAUGUUAUAUUUUUUUAUGUGAGUUACACAAUCUUUUACGUUAAUGAUAGGAAUCUUGGAACGUUGAUAAGCAUGCAUUUAUUGUAAACGCACCUGACCAGAAUCUUAACAUGAAUAUUAACCUUUAAUUGAUUUGAUUAUUUUUUAUUAACUGUUUAUUUUGUUUAAUAAUUUAACGUUUUAUCCGGUGUACAAUGUAUGUGAACUUUACAAAUAAACAUCUGUUUAUUAGGUAUAUGUCAAUAAAUCAACUCUUAUUAUUAUAUAUAUUUUUUUAAUUUAUAUGGAUUAUUUAACUUGUUAUUAAGAUUAAUUUUUUUAUCUUAUAAAAUAUUGAAAAAUUAACUAUAAUUUUGGCAAUGAUGAAAUAUUCCUGUUUAUUUUUUAAAAAAUUUGCAAAGUUAUAUAUUAUUCAAGUUAAUGUUUAAAAUUUCAUUUGUAUUUAAUGUUAAUGAAUUUAUCAAACUGUUUAUCAAAAUGAUGUUAGUUUUUUUUUUGGUUUUUUUUUAUGUAUUUAGUGGUUAAUAUCCUAAUUUUAAGUAAUUUUACAUCAUAGUUAUUAAGUGUACUGAAAACACUACAUAGGAACUUCAGUCUUCAUUUUUGUGCAUCAACUGUGUACAUGUGCACAAAAAAUUGCUCAUACUUAAGAAUCUCAUAGAGUAGUGUACUUCUUACAAGUACAUUUUUUAUUUCCCUUUUUUAUUGCUUUUUUUUUUCGAUUUUUUAUGUUUUGCUUUGUUAAAAAUGAAUAAUAUUUUUUUUAUAUUUAUAUUUUUAUACUGCCUUAAUCUGUGAUAAUUGUUUAAUUUAUUAUAAUAUUGAACGUUUUAAAAUAAAGCUGCUUGAAUUGUU